CUUCAUUGUCCUCAAUCCUUAAGUUACGCAGUUUUUCUCUAAAGAAACUACUGCAAAUCUUAAAGGAUCAUUCUCUCUAUCUAAUCUCUACAUUUCCAUUCCCCAUCAAUAAACCAAAAAAAUAUUUAUAUACAAAAAGAUUUUUAAAAAAAUGGCACGUCAAGUUAUUGUUUUGGCUCUCCUCUUUGUUGCCAUUGCUGGAUUAGCUUCGGCCGCUAAUUCCCCAAGCAGCUCCCCUUCUUCGUCUCCAUCAUCAUCUCCAUCAUCAUCCACAUCAGCAACAUCGCCAUCAUCAUCAUCAUCGUCAUCGCCAGCAACAACCCCAUCAUCAUCUCCUUCUGCCUCGACGCCAUCAGCAGCUGCACCAAAGAGCAGUGCCAAUGCACCCGCCGCCGCCACCCCAAAAUCAUCUCCUGCCCCUGCCUCUACCCCUAAAGCCAGUACACCAUCAUCAUCAACAUCACCAUCAUCAUCAUCAUCCCCAUCAUCAUCUCCAUCAUCAUCUUCAUCUAAUUCCUCCUCUUCUGAUUCUGAUUCUGUUCCAACUUCUUCUCCAACUUCAAAUUCCCCUGCUGAUGAUGAACCCUCAUCUCCGCCUUCACCCGACAGCGACUCUUCAUCCCCACCCACCCCCACUACUUCUUCGGGUCCCACAGCUGACAGUGCUACUCCUGCUGAAGCACCCACUACGGCUAGCGCCGCCACUACUUUAAAGGUCUCCUAUGUUUUUGGGGUUGCAGCCGUCGCUGGAUUAUUUUUCUAAGCUUGUUUAAUUAUUACGCUAUUCGUUUCUCAUCUGACGUUACAGAGUAGAGUGAUUAAUUAAAUCUUCUGUGAAUUUAAAAUUUUGCGGAAGACAAAGAGAGAAGAGCCAGAUAUUGGUGAAUCCUCUAAUUUUAAAUAGUGACUUAGCUCUGUUACGUACCUGUGGAAAAUUCUUUGAUUUAGUGACAUGUUGUAAGGUGUCGAUCAUGUGUAUUUUAUGUUUUUAGCUUAAAUAAUACGAUCAAAUGUACAUCUGUGUGUUUGAAUAAAUUCAUUUGCAUUAGCCA